CAGGAAUAGUGGAGAACCCGGCAGGAAAAUGUGGAGGACCCGGGCGGAAACCUUGCUUAGUCUAGUGGAAGGUGAGCAGUCGCUGAACAGCAGUUGGAACUUUGGGGCAGGGGAGAGCGACGCACCCCUUGCAGGUGGAAUUGAGCUAUUUGCUGAAGUGUCUUUCUCUGAUAACCUAGGGAGAAAUUUACAUUUUGACUUUUUCUUACCAUGGCUUUGGUUCAUAAAUUCCUGAAUGGCACAUAUAUUCUCAGAAACUACCUGAAGCCGAGUGCUGCCUUGCAUUCAUUUUGGGGUAUUUACUUUGCAAACUAUUGUUCCAAUAGUCUUCAGAAACCAGUGGCUGCUUCUGGCAGAGCCUCCCAGGAGAGGAGGACUGAAGAGGGUUUGCAAAGACAUCACCAGAAAGAAGUUGCUUUGGAUAUAACUUCUCCUGAAGAGAAGCCUGAAAUGAAUUUUGAUAAAGCAAUUAAAGAUGAAUUAAAGGACCAUUUUAGACGUUUGAAGGAUGAAAUCAUGAAUCACUGGGUGGGACCAGAAGGCCGCCCAUUGCAUGAUGUCUUGCUAGAACAAGCCAAGGUUGUCUGGCAGUUCCGUGGAAAAGAAGAUUUGGAUAAGUGGAUAGUCACUUCUGAUAAGACAAUUGGAGGCAGAAGUGAAGUGUUCUUGAAAAUGGGCAAGAAUAAUCAAAGUGCACUGCUCUAUGGAACUCUGAGCUCUGAGCCUCCUCAGGAUGGGGAGAGUAGCCAAAGUGGGUACUGUGCAAUGAUAUCCAGGAUUCCAAGGGGUGCUUUUGAGAAGAAGAAGUCUUAUGAUUGGUCCCAGUUCAACACUCUGUAUCUCCGUAUCCGUGGGGAUGGCCGACCUUGGAUGGUGAAUAUCAAAGAGGACACAGACUUUAUCCAAAGGAAAAAUCAGAUGUACAGUUACUUCAUGUUCACCCGUGGAGGGCCCUACUGGCAGGAAGUCAAGAUUCCUUUUUCCAAAUUUUUCUUCUCAAAUCAAGGAAGAAUCCGGGAUGCCCAGUACCAGCUUUUGCUUGACAAGAUCUCUACUAUAGGAUUCACGUUGGCUGAUAAAGUGGAUGGUCCAUUCUUCCUGGAAAUAGAUUUUAUUGGUGUGUUUGCUGAUCCAGCCCACAGAGAAGAAUUUGCUUAUGAAAAUUCUCCAGAUCUUAACCCAAGACUUUUCAAAUAGAUAAGAACAUGUGGCAGUUUUGUAUGACUACACUAUGGAUAGUAGCAGUAACAGUGAUGCUGGGGAUCUGGGGGCUUCACACAUGCCAGGCAAGGACUCUACCACACAGCUACAUCACCAGGACAAAAUAAAGCAUUUGUCAAUAUCCAA